AUGGAACGCCCGUAUCAGUUUUCCGACGAUCGAGACGGCGCGCGUUCACCCNUUGUACGUGAAUCUCACCUCUUCUGGGUCGCGACGACUAACGCAGCGUGCAGCAACCAGCAACUGCUCAACCCCGUCACACAGCCGGCGGCCACGUCUUUCAAAACGAAUGUGAAUCGUAGUAAAACACGCAAAUGGGCAGAGGCCAAGAACUAUUCUUACGACGGCGACGACUGGGGCGGUUAUGAUCCUUACGACGAGUACGGCAGUUACGAUGAUAAGCAGGACGCUCCCCUACCUGCUGCCUCGCCGCGACGGAACUCGUUCGAGGCUGGCGAAGAAGUAACAGCCUUCUCUUCUGGCCAGCAGCAGCAGGCGCCUCCUCCUCCAGCGCAUACCACUCCCACCAAACCGCAGCCUCUCCAGCCAGCCUCGCAACCGCAGAACGACUAUGGCAUCCGCCGCGACUUUUCCCAGAUUGCUCAUGUCCCGCCACCUCUCAAGACGAACACGUCCCCUCAAGCCGUUCGCGAACGUUUUCCUGCUAGAAAGAGUAGUUUACAGACCAGUUUGCCGUCUUCGCCUGCGCAACCCACUCAGCAGUUUGCGGCUCAAGAGCCUGUCUCACCAUCUUCGAACGCUGGCAAACCCCUGCCAUUCAUCCGUCCUGCCGAUAUUUACAGGCGUAUGGAGGAGGAGCGUUUGAGGGAACAAGAAUCAAAGAGUCAAGCUGAACCAGUGCCUGUUAGACAUGAGGAACACCAAGGCUUUGUUGUCGAUAAUCCUAUCCUGGCAAGAGCGAUCGGCGCUAAUGUUGCUGGUACUGAGCCAACACGUUUGGAGGCUGAGCCAACACCUGUGGAGCAGCCAAAAACUGCUUCUUUGGGUUCUGCUUUACCAGCAGUCAGCCGUGUCGCUUCUGGCUUUGGCUCCGAGUUCUGGAAUGCUUCUGAGCUGUCGAGUUCGCUGAACGCUGCUGAUGCUCUCUCGCCAAGCACUACUGAUACUGUUCCUGUAGCACCUGCCGAAAGCAACAGCGUGGAAAAUGCCUCCAAUGAGUUGCAGGAUGCAGUGAGUCAAGCAUUCGAGCGUCGGGACGACUUAUCUGUACCUCCCACGCCCAUUUCUCGUGACAACUCUCAGAAUGGCCGGUCCGAUACAGCAGGAAUUAGUCCUAUCAUGAGUCGAGUCCCGAGUGCUGCGACAGCCGAAGCAAAAGCACGACUAGCUGACAACAGAGACAUGGGGCCUAUAGCUGAGGAAAGCAGUCUACCUGGCAGUCCUGGCUCACGACCCUCAUCUCAACAACAAUCUGCCAAAAGACAUACCCCUACACACUCGAGACAUGUGUCGGCCGAGUCUCUCAGCAACAGCCCUGCCAGAACUCCACAAUUGGAAUACACCAAGAGACUUUCGACUCCAAUGUCCGCAGAAAGCACGAGUAUGGAGGCUGAGCGAGCCGGUUCGCCUAUUGAUCCACCCAGCAAGCCUCUGCCCGUCGCUUCAGUUCGUGUGAUUGCACCUUCAGCAGACUAUAGUCGUAGGGAGUCAGACAUUGCUGCUGAUGCAACCUCAAACUCGCCGAUUGAUACUGCCGAGGCUGCGAAAGCCGCCAGAACACAAUUCCUCCAAACUCACGAGAGAGUCAAAUCGCCUGUGAUCGGAAGUCCCGUUGAUCGCAGUCCUUCCCCUAUCUCACGGCAGGGAUCUCCUGGACCUAGUAGAGUCCGUGACCUUGCAGGCAAGUACAAUGAGCUUCACACACUCUCGAGAAGCAGUUCUGCCAUGUCUUUCAGCUCCCAAAAGAGCGACAAGAUGUCCGUGAGGAGAAGCGAUACUUUCGACAGCACCACCAGCGAGACUGGUGACGAGAAAGUUGUCGAAUCCAUUGAGCAAACACCUUCACCUCGUCCAGACCCUACCAGAGGCCCUAGCUUCCGGCCACACUUGCCUGGUGAAUGGGUCUCGUAUGUAGGAACUCCUCGCACGGAGAUGCCGGUUGCACAAGAAGCCACCAGACGUAGCGACGAAGAAACAAGAGACAACACCCAGCUUGACCAGAGCACAAAAUUCCCCUCUACAGAAGACUUUGAUCCUACUCCUGCGACAGUCAAGCAGCCACUUGCUCAUAAAGACAUCCAGCCAAAGGAGACCAGCCCUGUGGAUACUCUCAGGAAUGCAGGAGAAGCAUUGGGCGCUGCACUGUUAUCCUCAUUCGGUCAGAACCACGACACUAGAGACUUUGCUCAGGCAGAGCCACAACCCGCCGAGGAGGAUGCGACUGGACCUCGACCAGCAGUUGGAGAUGUUUAUCUUAGACCCUUGAUGGUUGAUCGUAAAGCCUCGUCCAUCGCUUCAAGUGUUGGUCCCACGCCGCCAGCCAAGAAUACGCCUGACGGACUCAACGUUCCACGUUCAUCUGGCUACUUCCCUCCACCGACACUGCGCAUCGACUCCGACGCAAUGUCUCCAGCAUCUGACUACUCGCCUGCUGAUCUGGAAAGUGAUCGUUUGCGUAGAGAAAUCGAGAGAAGUCUGACGCCUCAGGUGCAUUCUGAAAAUCAGCAGAUCCGUGAUCAGGAUGCUCUGGAUGCACCGGCGACCCUUCGAAAUCUUCAGAAGACCGAGGGCAUCCAAAUUGCUGAUGUUCAGCAUAGAUCUGAGCCGCCUGCUGUUGAUGCUGCGCCCACAGCACCGCAAACAUCUCAAGCUGCAAAGCCCGAUCUCCUUGGCAAGCGCUUUAGCUUCGAGAGGGACGCAAGCACGUCCAGCUUGUGGGGCGAAGUCGGUGAAGAUGUGAAGCGUGCUUCUUACGAGCGACCACUAUCUAGUGUUGGCUUGCAUGUGGUGAACACCAACGUGAGUAGCAGUAGCGAGUCAAGUGCUUCGUCUAUCAGAGAGAUUCUACCUGAGCCUGUCGAGGAAUCCACGGGUGCACCCCUGCAAGCUGUCAUCAGUUCACCAUCGCCUGUAACAUCAUCAGAAACUCCUGCAGUGGUCACAAGGGAUGAGAUGACAACUGAUACCAUCGCAACCCCUACCGUGGAAACACCUUAUGCGACAGAGAAACUCGGAGAUGAACAGCCACUUCCUGCCAUUCCUGUGGAAACUGAGACACCAUUGGCGCCCUCUACGACCACAAACACGAACACAGCAGCUCGUAUUCCCACUGUCAGAGAGAUCAUGGCGUUGAAGUCGGUUGAUGAGCGUGUUGACACCUACAACUCUUCGCGAGAGCAGAUUGCCUCGAUGGAUACUGGUCUUAGCAACUGGCUCAGUUCGACUCUUGCCUCUCACCCUGAGCACGCACAUGUUGUUACUGAUGCAGCAAACAAACCCGCGACGACCACUGCCAUUGGUGGCAGCAUCCGCUACAAGCCUCAGCCUGGUAACAUCAUGAAGAUGGCUAGAAAAGGUCUUAGUGGUGUCACAAACAGGGAGCCUUCGGGCUCUCAUGCGGCUGAUCCCAGCCAGACGCCUUCUGCUGCCGAUCGCCAGAACUCCAACACACUCGGUCGCACGCCCUCGGCACAGCACGGAGGCGUGGAAAAGAUGCAGACCAAGGGCAAGGACUUGUUGCAUUCUGCCGGUAUGUUCGGUGGCAAGGCCACCGUAGGGGCUAAGGGCCUAUUUGCAAGAGCAAAGGGAAGGCUUCGUGAAGGUGGAAGCGAGAAGGUAGAUUGA